GCAAAAACAUACAACACCAGGGAUUCGCUGGUGGUCACCCACCCAACUACUAAUCUAGCGGUUUGCAGCUUGUCUAUGGGAGAGCAGACGGGAUCCCGAAUUCUCUGCAGCCUAUGGUCGUAUGUACCAGAACAAUGCGUUACCACAGGUUAUAUGUUAUUAAACCAUGCUUUGAGCUUGGAUAGAAACACCCAGAACAAGGGUGGUCGAUCAAUACCCAAGCACGGCAAAAACCAAAUGUAUUACAAAACGCAACAUUACCAAGAGGGAUAA